UAAUCCUUCCUCUCUUCUGUCCUUAACUUGAUAGUUAACAUUUGAUCAAUAAUGUCCAUCACGAAAUCCAUUAAAAAAACCCACCUAGACCGAAGCUGAUGACCUUUCCCUAGCUCAUUUAUGCUCACGUGUUGCAACAAAUUCUAAGAUAAUCAUACGUCUCGCGUGCAGAUCGAAUUCUUACGAAGAUUUGUUCUUCGUUCGUAGAAAUGCUUUUCAGAGGAAAAGCCUCAGGAAAAGCUCGCAGCUUCGGUUGAUCGAAAAGACUUAUCCCGCUUUUUUCACGUCCAUCUCACGUCCUGUUCGCAUUCCCAGUCUUUUUUUCUUUUCUCCUUCCUGAUUCUUUUCACUUGUGGUUCUUUCCUCCCUAUUUCAUUAACAUAGCCUCGAAUCCGCCGCCGCACACGCGCCCACACGCGACAAGCUCUCACACGCAACGCAUGGUACUCUUUUUUGUCUAUGGUUAUUUGUCGGACAACAGAUCGCGCCGGAAGAUAUAAUAACAAUACUCUAUUCUAUUAAGUGCACGAAAUCGAACGAGUAAGGAAUGUAUUUGACAAUAUUUUUAUUUAACUCUCGGAUGACCUGGCCUAACAUUUGAGACGAUUCGAUAUGUCCUUUCGCCUGUUGCUCACGAUUGUUCUAGCUGUAACUCACACAUACACGCACACAUACACACACACAUACAUACAUACAUACACACACACACACACACACACAUUUGAAUAUAUAUUGUACGUGAUGGCGAGGAUCACAGUGCGUGUACGCAAGCGAGAAAACGUCGUCUUUUCAGAUGACUUCUAUCCUGAUAACUACUACCAACUAACGAGCGAUGUCGAUAGCAAACGCAUGUGGUUGUCUGAAGAGAAUUCUAGGAGUGUGAUUUCAUUUGACGAGGACUACCUCGAAGAAACUCCCAGAAAACGCGUAAGAAUUCGCAUUCCUAUUCUUAAAAAAAAUGGAAGACAUAAAUUGACAGUUGUCAGACGAAGACCUAUUACCUCCAAAGUGGAAGAAUCUCCGUUGACCGUGACCAGUCACAUUCCGAGAAGAAUAGUGGUGACACGAGUGAGGACUUUGGGAUUGGCUAAUUCUAUUUACAGUGAUUUGGAGACUGAUAGUUUUAAACCGGAAAUUGGAAAGCACAAAGUGACCAUCACCAGACGUAGGAAAAUUGGAUCGACUACAAUUAUGCCUACUGAAAAGAGAACCAGGAUUACUAGAAGGAAAUUGAUUGCUGUUAGACCGAUACAACCUACACCUAGUUUCGCAAUUAUCACGACUGGAUUCUUUACUGCCCCAUCAUCUGAAUACGACGAAGAAUAUUCCGAGGAAGAUAAUGAUGAUGAAAUGGAAAACAAAGAGGAUAUUACUUCCACAGUCACGCCUGAAUUGAAGGAACUGCCUAAUAUCAUCGAUAGUAAACCGGGCGAGAUUGAGAUUGAAAGUAAAACAGAAGAAAUUGAGCCGAAAGUUGUCGAAGAAAGUAUUAUGGGUUCACCAAUUAUUAUCACUGAUAAUUUCUUCUUUCCACCAUCUGACGAUGAAGAUGAAGAUGAAUAUGAAGAAGAAUAUAUGGAUAUGACAACUGAGGAAGAAAAUGUAAAUGAAGAAAUUCCAACGAUGACUAAAUCGACAAAAGACGAAGAUGGAAAUGUUUCGAACAGAGAGAACACGUUAACUACAUUUGUGACUUCUAAUCUGUCCAAGAAAAAAGAAAUUGCAUUGGAAAAAUUUGAAGAAACGUCACAUAAUGUUGCUAAUCAUGAAAUAAGAACAAUAUCUGUUAAUUCGAAACAAGAAGAGAAAUCUGAAGAAGUUUCAACUGUAAAAUCGACAAAAGAUGAAGAAAUAAUAACUACAACGCAAGAAAGUUUUGAAGAAACGCUGGAAGAAAAUGUUCCAACGACCAUUUAUCCUGAGAUUAAAGAAGACAAUAAGAAAGAAGAUGAAAAAGAAAAAGAUCAUACAACGACAGUCCAGAUGAUAGAAACUACAGUACCUGUGGAAGAAACUACAGUAAUCACUGUUCCUGAAGAAAAAACAGAGACUAUAAUAACUUUUGAUAGAGAAACUACAACAAUUAUUGAGGAAGAAGAAAAAGUUAAUAACACGGAACAUCUUAUAUCAUCUACUGAAACUAGUUUUCAAGAUUCUUCAUCAGAAAAUAAAGAAUCACAGGAAAAAGAUAUUGAAUUUCAAGUUACAACUAUUGCAAUUGAUUUUGAAGAUACUUCAUCUAAAAAUCGUGAAGAUUUUCUUGAAAAACAUUUAGAAUUCAAUACUACAUUAAUUGAAACUGACCCGGAGAAGAAAUCUUUAUCUAAAAACACAGAAGAUUCUCUCAAAAAAGAUAUCGAAUCUCAUGUCACGGUAACUCAAAUCGAAUCCAAAAAUUCUUCUCAAAUUGAAAAUUACCAGAAAAAGGAUAUAGAAACUCAAAUCACAAAGGUUCAAAUAGAAUCUGAAACUUUAAAAAAACCUACCGAAUAUCUCAAUAAAGAGAUUCAAUCUCAUUCAAUUGAUAAUCAUUCUACUAUAAUAAAUUCUACUUUGACUUCUAAAUCAGAAACUGAAAGAUCUUUUCCAGACACGAUAGAUUUUAUUCUUAAACAAAUACCAGAAACUACAACGAAAUUUGAAGAAAAAGAAGAUAAUCUGACAGUACAACCCAUAGAACCAAUUAUGGAAUUCACUUCGUCUUCAACAUUUUUCGUUGAUGUAUCUCCCAGUUUCGCAAGUGUCCUACCUUUAGAAACAUCCCAAUUACAUGACUCCAACACUCUCAGCUAUUUGGAUGACUCCGAGAUUCCAAGCGUGAUCCCCCUUGGUGUCGAGUAUAUAUCUGGCUUAAAGAAUACUUCCGUGAUAUUCGAGGCAACACCUAGCAUUGAGAGUAUAGUGACGACAUCUAUCUCAUCGCCAACCCCCGAGGAAAUCGAGGCAGGAUUGGCAGACGACUUAUAUUUAUCCCUGUCGAGGCCAGACUUUCUCGAAAUUCUGCCGUCAAAACCGAUGCACGUGAAGCACGAGACGAGAUCCGAAACCUCAGAUUUAGAACCGAGUACAAGCAUUUACUAUACCGAGACAGUGGUUACAUCGACACGACUGAGAACGUAUACUUAUGUGGUGACGCAACUAAACGGACUGGAGACGAAAGUGACAUCCUCGACGACUGUCCGACCAAGAGUAACGACUCUUACGUUGACAGUGCCCGUCACGGUGACCGUCACUCCUACCGUGGAGUCGUCAGCGUACUCAGUUUCGUCUGUGUAUAACCCGGCACCCGCUGCUGGAGAACAAGAAGGAAAAGACGAAGAAGGUCGAAGGUUUAACUUGGCCACCCGCAUCAUGUCGAAUGGAGUUGAAGUGAUUGUGGCAGGACCAACACCGGCUCUACGAUGGGAAAACUCGAUUCCUCAGCCUACAUUGACAUUGUCUGACGCGGUCGUCAUGAUGCUUCCACAAGAUAAACCGAAUGAAUUUGUCACAAAGACAUGCACAACUACCUUUACGUAUCUUACAACUAUUACGAAGGAUGGAACAACUAUCGUGUCGACGGAGCAACAGGUAAUAGCAAACACGGCAACUGAAGAACGUCACAGAAAACCUGGAUCAGAAACUGCAGCAGUAACAUUGGAAGCAUCGCCAACAUUACGCACAGAAGUGUUCAAAACCACUUACACCUACUUAACACUAAAUACCGAUCAUUCAGAUAUAAAUGACGCUUUGGAAAGCAGUACUAAAGUAAUUGCAAAUACGGUUACCGCCCCUCAACAUUACCUGGAUAUGAUUCUCGAACCAUCAGAAGCUCCACGACCGGAAACAAACACAUAUCUUAGCACCAGGUUACUGGAAAAAACUUUCAUGGAAGAUGGACGUACUAAAAUAGAAACUACCAGUGAUACCAUUACUCAGCUUAUAGUAACAGAAUCUGCACCACCUCCUCGUCCAACUAGUGUCACGACCACGUUAACAGCGUUAGACAGUACGGAGGAAAACAUGACAGACGUCAUGAAAACUUAUUACAUUACUUAUACUUAUUACAAUACUUUCCUGGAGAAAGGGAGCACAGUAGUUCGUACGAACGUGGCAACGUCGACUGAUGUUGUAUUAGAGAAAGUGCCUGUCAAGAAAACCACAAAGACAACUAUGGUGAAUCCUACUCCGGAACCUAUUCAAAUCUUUGCCACGAAAACGUAUCUAACCACGUUUACCUAUUUUACGACGUUGCUUCAGGCGGGACCAGAUGGAGAGACUUCCACAACAGUUUCUUCGAGGUCACACAUUGUAGAAAACGUAGUAACAGAAUCGAUAGCACCUAGUUUACUAGAUGCUGGUUAUAUGAACGCUUUAUUAACAACUGCACAUCAUUCUGAUCCUGUGAAAAAUGUGGUCACUGGUUCGACGAUCAUUUUCUUCGAUGAGGAAGACCAGAUCGAUCCUACUACCAGCACCAACUUCCCGGAAGUUACCUCUUCGGUGGAAGUACAAAAAGAUGAAAUGAUUUCAUCUAGCUUCGUAUCUGAACCAUCUUCAGUUGUUAACGAAUCAAAUCUAAAACCUAUUGAACAAAUUAAUCAGGAGAGCAAUGUAACAGUUUCUGCAGAAUCUGGACAGAACAAAAAACCUAUCAAUCAAAACACGAAUGAUCUUCAAGUGAGCAAUCUUUUAAGCCUAGGUUCGUUGGGAAUUAAUAGUUUGUCGGCUUUGGGACCAGUGAUUACUGCAAUGGCUGGUCUACUUCAGGGUAAAACCACAGCAACACGAAGAAAUGAUUCGAUACCACAGAUGGAAACGCAGGAAGUCACCACGCAAAGAUCACCUAUUUACAUACCUGUCGCUGAGUUCGCUGAUGGAGACAUUGAAGCUGCUGAAAGUCAAAAUAUAGGUACACAUUUGGCAAACCUCAACCACAAUUACAUCGCAGAGACACGUCAUAAAGUUGCGUCUAGCCUGGCAGAUGGAAUUCCAAUUUCUCCAGGCGAGGUAAUCACUGCGAAUAGCGACGUGAUCAUCGGUAAACCAGGAAAGAUGGCACCAAGACCGCCUCAAACAUUCUUAAAGGACGAAGAGAAUAUAGGAAUGAAACCACCACCGUUACCAGUUCCUAACAUUCCAGUCCAUCCUGUUCUCGAAGUUCUAGAGAAUGAUCAGAAUGAUGCUCAGCCUCAACAAAAUCUUCAGAGCCAUAAAGGUCCACAGAUAAAGAUAUAUCCUGCGCAUCAGAUUUACGAGGAACACUUGAAAAUACCUAUCUCUAUGCCUAUCAAUACAAAUCCUACAUUAAAACAACCUCAAAAGUUGCUUCCAGUUCAACCAACUCCCCCAAAGAAAAUUGGUUCAAAGCAAGAUAUGUUAGACAACGAUCCUUUAUUGAAACCACCCGAUAGACCUAACGUGGAACAGUAUGCGAAUCCGAAUAUGAAUCUAAAAGAACCGGAAUGGAAUCCUGAUAAGACAAGAAGACCUUGGAGUGCUAAGGAUCCCCUGAAGCUUCCUCCAUCUCAUCCUCAGUUUGAUCAGAAAAUCGAUCUGGGAAAGCCAUCGAUAGAUAAACUUUGGCCAACUGUUCCAUCCGAAGAACAAAAGCGACCACCAUGGGCCCAGAAAGACCCUUUGCUUCCCGAAACUCCAAUUAUCAUUCAAACUUCGGAAUCCAAACCGACACCAGCGGAACCCAUAGUUCAUCAAGUACCACACGUCAUCGACAGAUCAACGGGGCAACCUUUAUUGGUUAAUAUCCAACCGAGUCAAGUGGCCAACGUGGUAAUUCCUCAAGGUGGCACUCAGGCAUUGAUAUUCGGUGACACGAGCGAACCUCAUAUCAGUGGACAAUAUUUUGACGAUCCAUCACCCUAUCCUGAAUCAGAAGUUGGUUUAGGUUUCCUUGGAAUUCAAAGGGUAGAAGAUCUAUCCCAAUAUAACAAUGGAAAAGAUCCAGCAGAUUACAUGGUACCCCCAUCACCACCAUUCAACUUCAAAACGUUAUCCGAGAAACAUUCUUCCAAUCGUCCAGCAACCAUCCCUUUAUCACCAGCUCAUUUCGAUUAUGAAAGACCGCAAGAUAAAUUAGAAAUAUCUUUGGUCAGGCCAGAAAAGAAGCCAUCUGACGUGCAUUUGAUCAAACAUCCCGAUAACUCAGGUGUCCUUGGCGGCCAAGGUCACGUGCAUACAGAGAUUUUGGUUCACCACAGACCGGAAAUCGUGAACGUUCGACCUCAAAGCAUUCCUCAUCCUGCUAUUCAUCCUCACAUACAUUCCAACAAUCAUUUACCGCCACGAGGACAAUAUCCAAAAAUUCCAAAGCCUAUUUCAGAGCCCGGAACGCCACCUCGAAGAACAGAAAUGUCGAAUCCAUCGGACAAUUCGCAUCGAUACAUCUUGUUGGCUAAACCAGACUCAGGAAACGAGAUUAUCUUGAAUUCCAAUUGGAAGUCGGAUAAGAAACCGCCAAGAAUUCUGAUGAAUAACAGGUUGAGGCCACGAUUACCGUUGAGAUCGACAACCAUUCAUCCUCCUCUGGAUAGGCCGAUUUACCCAGAAAGGCCUGGCAUCAGGAAACCAGUUUACAGCGGAUCUCAGAGGCUUCCAACGAAAGCGCAGAACACAAACACGUUUGUGCUUCCUCAUCGUCCUAUCACCAAUCUUCAGAUUCAUCACGAACCACAUAAAAUGACAACUUCUAUGCCUGGAGAAUUAAUAAGAGAUGUGGUAACUGAGAAACAACCUUCAUUUGGGACUCGACCUCAGACAAAUCUUCAAAAUAGGCCACCUCAUUUUUAUUCUGAAAAGAAACCAACGAGCAUAGAACAGAUGAAGCCGCAAACCGAAAGAACAGAGGAAUACGUGCCCACUGGAGCGGUUGAGUAUCACAAUCCUUUGAAUCUCAAGAUAAAACAAAAUGAUAAGCCAGUUAUAUCAAGCAUUCAAACGCAAAAUUUCAAUCAGGCUUCACCUAAUCAGGACAUCAAGUCUGAGAGCCAAGAAACCUGGUACAGUGGUACACAGACCGAGAAAACAUUGGAUUCAGAAAGUGGUGCCUCUGAACCGGUCAAAUAUCAUAAUCAGGUGAAAGAAAUUGAAAAAUACGAUAAAACGAAAGAUGAUACGUCUUUGAUUAACGAUCACAGUAACGAUACAUCAUCAAACAAGAAUUCUUAUGUAGCCUCUAGUAAUACAAUGAUAGGAAAAGUUGGUGAAAUCGAUUCUCAGCAAAAUCAAAAGGAAAAACCUAUUUGGAUUAAUCAAGGAGUUCCAUUUGCGCAUAAAAAUGAAGGCAUAUCGAUUCAAACACAGUAUGGAUCUAAUUAUUACAAUACCAAACCCCAUGAAAUGCCAAUAGUUCAAGGAAAACCAUUUGGUGUGUACACUGGACACGAAGAGUUAAAUUAUGGUUACAAAUGGAAAGAAACAUCCGAAUACGACAUAGUUCAGGGUGUACCAUCGAUGUAUUAUGGAAAUAAAGUGAUGCAGAUCAACCAUAAGCAUGAACAAACAUCUACUCCACUUAAUCAUGAACAUGACGAUACUAUAGAUCUGAAGCCGCCAGCGAUCAUUCCGCAAUUCGUUCCCGAAUUGGACAAACUUAAUAGACCAUAUCCACGACCGACUAUUAUAAAUAAAGUGGAAACCAGACCUGUGUUGUAUUCUAGACCAGAGAUCAUCAGUCAAACUUCAGAAGUUAGGCCAGAUCAUGUGAAUCGGCCUAAUGAAAAUAAACUAGAUAUUUCAGAACAACAAUUUGGGAACAACAGUUUGAGCUAUUCAGAAAAAUUAAAUCAGAGCCACUUUCAAUUAGGUGGUUUUAUGGAUCUUAAUUGGGAGAAUGAAAUGAAAGCAGGCGAUAAAAGACAAGAAAUUCUGGUCAACAGGAGCGAAAUUAUGAAGAAUCAUUAUAGAAACAACUCCAUUUUUCAUCAAAUGGAAAAUCAGUAUUCUCAGACGAGCAUUAACCCUGUCAAAUUAGAAAAGAAUCAUGCUGUGAUAAUUCAACAAGAUUAUAGUUCAGCAACUAAGAUUCAUCCAGAAUAUCCUCACAUAGUCACCAAACCUAAACCUCAAGUACCUAGCCCAAUCACUAUUUCAACAGCUAAUAACAAAUCUAAUACUCGACCAAACAUUAAAUUCUCCCUGUCUGUGGAGGCAAUUGGCGAAGAGAUGGAUAGUAAGACACAAACCGAACGACCACCAAGUAUGCUGAUCACAACGAAUUCGAGUGACAAAAAAAAGAACAUAGAGAAGAUAGAUACUUCUUAUCAGAUGAAUUUUGCAACUCAAGAUGCGAACAAAGAUGAUUCCGAGAAUCACGAGAGCAAGAUUCGAAUAAGGCCUAUUGAAACAUCCACUGGGGACAUGUUGACUAAUAUGGAAGGAAUGAACAUACCUUCUAGAGACAUGAUGCCCCCACCAUUAAGAUCUGUAAUUGGCCUCAAUCAAUCAAAUAAAAACGAAGAGGAAGAUUUGAAACCACCACCCAUACCUUCAAGAGAUGUUGUUGGUUUGUCGCCUCCACCAGUAGAUAUUACCACAACAAAUCUCCCUAUGGAAGAUAAGUUCUCAUUCAUUACUGCUAAUGAAUCUGGUUUGAAGCCUCCUCCUAAGUAUAUUCCUCUGAAGGAAUCUUCUGUUGCGCCUUUGCCCAGUAUCAGUAUGGUUCCUCCUAGCCCAAGACCAUCUCUUACUAGGCCUUUCAUCGUGGAAUUAUUGUCUCAGGACAUGGUACCUCCACCACCAGUAACUCAGACAACGAGACCACUUGAAAUAGCCACUGUGAGACCAGCGGUAGCAGUAUCUGGAUCGAUUCAAAUCGCGACAGCUGUCGCAACAUCCCACAUACCAGUAGUCCAAGAUAUCGAAUCGAAGAUACCUAUCAUACACGGUACCGUUGAUCUUCCAGUAGUCAUAGACGUGCCUGAAAUACUUAGACCAAUCGAAACCAGGAAGACGGAGCACGUUAGCAUAUACACAGUGCGACCAUUCGACACCAGACCUGUAUCUAGAAUAUCGCUGCAAUCAACAGCAAUGCUAACUACGAACUUAAUAAUCCCAACGAAACUAAGACCAGUCCAAGUGGAUCACAUUCAACCAAGCAGAUCGUCUUCUACUAGGGAAGUAGAACCAACUCGAUCUCACAAUAUCGAUAUUCCACAAAAUCCAGUAAAACGACCAGAGCAUCCAGUAUUUUUGGAGUCCAGUUACGAUAUCGUUUUACCAUCAUCGAAGGUAGAAGCUACGGAGAGUUUGAUUUACGUGAUAAGCACGAGUCAGAAGAAAGAAUCGCGGCCUACUAUGACAAAGAACGAAGUUUCGAAAGUGAUCGUUUCACCGGUAACGGAAAUUAAACGAAAGAAUGAAACAGUUUUAAAGGAAUUGCCAAGUAUGGUCACCAGGGUUGAUAGUUCGAUAACGAAGGUGACGAAUACGUUGUUGGAGAAUGUCGACAGAAGAAAUGUAUCGAUGAUUAAGAUGACGAAGAGUGUCAGCAAUAUACGAAAAGUUGCUAAUGAGACAACGACGACUAUGUACAUGAAGCCUAAAGAAGUGACACGAUUCCAGACAUCAACGAUAACGAGAACGAAAACAGCUGUAUUGGGUUCACCACCUACAACUCGAACAUUACUUCUUACCCACACGUUGACAUCAACUACAGUGGAAACAGUGACAGAAACGUUAUUACGUCCAACUAGCGUGGUUUCUACGGUUACAUCAACGAUUUUACAAUCGGUGGUGACUAGAAUACCAUCAUCCUACGAAAACAUUGUCGACAAUGAUUCCAUCUUCGUAGUGAUGAGCGAUCAGAAACCACCGGCACCUGGUGCUGAAGAGGUAAAUGUGGAAGCUGAAUAUGGUGAUAUUUCAAGAGAUGAACAAGAUCCAGCUGGAAAUGAAGUUCAUAGAGUUCUAGCUGGUGGAAUUCUUGGAGCACCAAUAGUAUCUCUUCAACCUAUUGUCAAUCAAUGUACUCCUGAAUGUAAAGCCUCUAGAGCUGAAAUAUGUACGGAAGUUGGAACUGAAAUGAGAUGCAUUUGUCGACCAGGUUUUGCAAGAAUGUUUCCUGAUCGACCUUGUAAACCUACUUAUACCUAUACACUACGAGUUGGAUUGGAUCGAAUCGGACACGAACCAGUGAUUUACGAAGCUAACAUGAACAAUUCGACGUCAACAGCUUUCAGAAAAUUAUUAGGUCCUACUAAAGACGCCUUAGACAGGACUUUAAUGCAGAGUGAUCUCAGAGACAUUUAUAGGGGACUGAAGAUAGCUGGUUUCACAUCUGAUCCAACGAAAGUAGAAUUCCAUGUUCAACUCAGUGAUAAUGCUAAUGAAACAAGACUGAAGGAAGUACUUCGAAAAUAUCUGAUUGGAAGUAACUAUAGUUUAGGAGGCACUGAAGUCUUUGCUUCGAAAAACCUUGACAUAAUUGAAGCAAUCGAUUUUGAUGAAUGCAUAGCAGAAGACGGAGGCCCUCAUCACGAUUGUUCGCCAAAUGCAGCCUGUUUCAAUCUACGAGGUUCUUAUCAAUGUUCUUGCAAAGAGGGUUGGGCAGAUUUGUCUGAGAAUCCUGCAUAUCCUGGAAGAUUUUGCUCUCAGGCGCCAUUAGGUUGUCCUAAUUGUAACAACAAAGGGCAUUGCGUAACGAAUACUAACGGUCAAGAAGUCUGUGAAUGCUUCCCUUGGCACAGUGGUCAACGAUGUCAGGUUAAUCUCAAAGUGUUACUGAUAGCUCUGGUUACGACCGGUGCAAUAUUACUAGGCCUUUUGGCGGUGUGCGUUGGCAUGGCGUGUUUCCGUCAACCAAAUCGGAAACGAAAAACUGGUGACAGAAGGGCCAUGAUUCCUGGAACUGGCGGGGAUACCAGUAGUGAGGGUAGCGUGACAGAUCUAGCAAUUCCACAUCACGUACCGCACAUUCUGCCACCACCCCCACAAAUGAUUGCACCCUUGCCACCGACCAAAAGACCUACUCGAAAGAUCAGCACCAAACCUAGGCAUCUGCCAAGAAAGACUACCAUGAUACCUGCAUCAGUGCCAGUGAACGACGAACAAAGAGAUCGUUCGUUGACAGUGAUGAUCCCUCGUGCCAAAUAUCGAUCGGCACCCCAAUCUCCGCAGAAUUACAAGUCCGGGUUGAGCACGUUCUCGACAGAAGAGCACAAGCUGCUCAACUAUCUCGAGAACGGCACGCAUAACACCGGAAACAGGAAGCAAAGUGUAUCCAGCGCAAAGGAUUGCAAGGAGGCUGAUGUACAGAUCAUCAGAGCGCCAGCUGCACCAACUGGAGCUCUUGUUAGCGCUGGUUUCCAGGUGUCCGCAACGGUAACUCGUCAAAUGGAUACCGAUUCGACGUUAGCCCGUUCUUGCGGCGAAACUACAGUUGAGACAGCGACGAAAGUAUUGCGAACCGGGGAUCUCCAAGGUGAUUUGUGCUCUACGUUGGCUCGUUCCUGUGACGAGACAACCAUUCAAGCACCGACGAAGCUGAGGCUUGAUUUAGGCGAAGCUGGUUCGACUCUAGCCAGAUCCUGCGGUGAAACGACGAUUCAACCGCCAACGAAAGUCGCAGAUACUAGAAGAAACAGUGUUAAAGACGCCAGAGACAACAGAGACACAAGAGACAGUGCCAGCGAAGGACACACAAUGGCUGAAAGGGAUCUGGGAAGCACGCUGAGACUUCCGGCGCAGCAUCCGCCUCUUUACAGCCCGGACAGAACCAGCGAUCGAGAAUCAAACUUUGACUCUCUCUAAACCUUAUGCAAUUAAUAAAGGAAAUCCGGUCGACGGAGGAUUGUGGAUGUAACCGCUGGCCGGUGACCUCCACAAGUUCGCUAAUCGAGCAAAUAAAAUAAAAAGAAAAAUCUUCUUCAUUGAUAUUGAAUCAAAGAAUCUUAUAACUUUUGAACAAAUUAUCUUGAUAAAUAAUCUAAAACAACAAAUGAAUCAAGAACCUUAUAUCUUUAAUUCUCUCAUUGGGAAGCUUUAAUCAUCUAUUUUAUUAAAUUAAAACGAUAUUUAUUCAAAGGAAAGCAUAUUGAUAAAAACAUAAAUAUAUAUAUAUAAAUAAUUAUAUUUAUGUAAUUAAUAACAAAAUAAUUCUUCUGGUAUUACCAAAAUGAUUUAUAUAAAAAGCAAUGUUAAUUUUAAUUUAAAAAAAAAAAGAUAAAUUUGUGAACAACGUUUUCCUCUAUUUAUUUAUUAUAUUUGCACUAUGAUUUUUACAUAACGUAAAAACUUUUCAAUGAGCGCUCUCUUUGCCGUCGAUGGAAUUCGAAAAAAAUUAUAUUUGAUAAUAUUCAUAACGCGAAUAUAACUUUAUCAAAUUCAAAGAGAUGCGCUGGUUACUCAUUCCCGUGCCAAAAUACAACCAAUGAAUAGGAAGGCUUGCGAGGGAAAUUGUUUCUCGCCUUUCCUACUAUCGUUUUCAUUUUUCUCUCUUUCUUUCUCUCUCUUAUUCUCAUUUUUAUAUUUUUCUUUCUUCGAUCGAUCGCCCAGGACUCGAACGCAAUAUUUUAAAAGUUUGAUUAUCGUGGCGAAAUGUUCGCUAUUAUUUAUUUAUUAUCAGUAUUCGUAAAAUUUCUUUUAGAAUUAUUUACUUAUAAAUAAUAUAUAAAUAAUCAAUAUAAUCCUGUUUAUAAGUAACUGGAUACCAUAUUUUAUAAGAAGUUUAAAAAAAUAGAAUUAUAAUAAGAUAAUUGAAAAAUAUUAUGUAAUUUUCUUUAUGAUAUAUUUACACAUACAACAACUGUCUAUUUUAUUUUAUUUUAUUUUAUUUUAUUUGUAAUUACAAUGAUUAUUUAUCUCUAUUAUAACAAUAAGUAUCCAGAGACUUAUCGACAAGGAAAUUUUAAAAUUUGAUUAUUAACCUUCUGCAAUAUCCUUGGAUUCAUUCUAUUGAAUUAAAAAUUUUAUUAGUAUUCUAAUCUACAAAAAAUUCUGAAAAAAGUUAGAAUUGCUAAUAACUUUAAAUAAUAAAUGAUACGAUAAUUAAGAUAUUCAAAAGUGAAAUGUUACAAAAAAAGCUAAGGAUAUCAGGAAGGAUUUAAUUUUCAAAUAUGAUUUUAAAAUAAACAUGACAAUGUUAUUUCACGAAUACAAAUGAAAAUAAUAGUUCUCGAAUAAUAGCAUAAUCGAAUUUUCUAUAAGCGUUUCUAUGGUCCUCGGCAAACGCUGCAUGCGAAUCGACGCGUGAUUCAACACAGUGUCAUAAGUCGUGCGAAGGGCGCGAAUCGCCACGGAGGCAGACAUUAUUAUUAAUUAUUGUUAUUGUUUGUUUGUUUAGUCUAUUUUCUGCCGGAUCGUGUCAUGUUGCCCGGCUUCGUCAAUUUAUUAAUUCAUGAUUUCGCGCGAUAAAUUCAUCCUAAUUAUUUCAUAAUUUAAUAACUAUACGUAGAAUUUUUAUUGUGCAAACUAUGUUUUUUUUAUGAAAUUAUUCUUGAUUAAAUUAAAUAGUUUGUACCCAGAAACCUAUAACGAUAUUAAUUUCAAUUUUAGGAAGCAAAAUAUUAUUAAAUAAUUAUACAAUAUAUAAUAUUUCUUUGUUUGGAGAAAAAAAAUUUGCCGAGCAUCUUUUCUAUAUUUUCCAUAUUUAUUUUUUAAAAAUUUAAAUAAUAGUAUUAAUUUAUAGCUUUCUAUAAUUGAAAUUUCAUUUAUUUAAAGAGAGAAAAAUUUUAAUAUCAAAAUUAAUUUCUUUUCUUAAAAUGAAAUCUAAUCUUCGAUUUCUAAUGUGAAAUUAAUUUUAAAAACUAUUUAUUUUAAAUUUUAUAGAAUUUAUAGAGUUUUUAUUAUAUUUUAUAGAAUUAAUAAUUAAAUAAUUUGAUCUUUUUGCUAUUUUCUCAACCAAUUCAUAUACAAAGUUUUGAAAUAAAAUUAUAUCAUACCUCUUGGUUCGAUAACUUUUAACGAAAUUGUAAAAUAAGAGAUUAUAAUUGAAAUUUUGCUUUAUAAGAACAAUUUUAUUUUACUACGACUUUCAUUCUGAUUUAUAUAUUAUUUUUUAAUAUUUUGAUAUUCUUGGCCAAUUCACAGUUUUCUAGUUUUAUAUAAUCCAUCGAUUUUAAUUAUCUUUUGCGAUAGUCAAUUAAACGUGAUCGAUCUCAGGGGACAAAAUGGCGGUGGUCAAUUGGACUUCGAAUGAAUUGUGCUUGAUGGUGACGAAGCCGCGGCAACGUCGCUAAAUCAGAUUCGAGGAAGAGCGAGCAGAACGUGUUGCAUAACUCACAUGCAUUUAACUUGAUUUUUAUUUUAUUCAGCUCAAUAAAUAGAGUAAGCGGAUCCAUUAAGCAGAGGACAGGUGUAUCAUUAACGAUAAUACUUCUUACAUAUAUAUAUAUAUAUUUUUUUUUUUGUUAAUUAUUUCCCCUCAGUAUCGUAAGAUCGUGCGUUUUAACCAAAUGAAUUAAUGAAUGUCCGUAAUCGUAAAUGAAGAAGACAAACGAACCUCGUAUGUACCUUGUAUUAUCACAUGAAACUUACUAACUUGUCCUUUUUCUAUGUCCAAAAUGAAAUUACUCCUUUAUAUAUAUAUAUAUAUAUAUAUAUAUAUAUAUAUAUAUAUAUAUAUAUAUACCGCAUGUGUAUGCAUAUAGAGAUAUUUGAUUUAUAUAUAUUAUACAUAAUAUAAAAUAUAAUAUAAUAUAUAAUAUGAUAAUACAUAUAAAUAAAUUCUGUUGUACAUACCGUCUCCAAGAAAACCUCUUCUACUUAAUUUUAUUGUAAUUUUUGUAUACUUAGUAUCUGUAUGUAAUUUUAAUAAAAGUAAAUAAUAUUAA